UCCAACGCCGGGUGCUUUAAACGAGCCCUCAUUCCGCUGAAGGUCAAAACGAUAAUGAGUGCUGAGAGAUGUCAUGGCUUUUAAGUUGAAUAGUGAGGUCACAUUGACAAACUACACAAGACUGUCAGCUGAACACAUGACUGUCCUCGGCAGGUCCUCCGGAGCCCUCAGUGCGAAUCCAGUCUUCUUGGAAGUGAGAUGCGCUACAAGUGAGACGGGACCCGCUGCUCUUUGGGUGUCUGACUAAAGUUCCAAAAUGGGACAGCAACUGGAUCAUUUCCAGAGCCCUGAAGGGAAUCCGGAGGAGUUGACGGCAGCCACUGCAGAGGCAGACAUGAACCAGAAAAUGCAGAAUCAAGCUGACGAAGUCAUCCCCAGUGAUGAGACCACUGGAACGGAAGAGCUGAAUGACGAGGGUCGCAAAGAGACAUCUGCAGAGGAGAGCACAGGACAACAUCAGCCUGCCUUCUUGAUUCCUGACAAUGGAAAAGAAAAGGCACGGAGGCAAGAGGAUAAGACGAAGGAGCUGAGCAGUGUGAAGCUCCAGCAAGAAGACAGAUAUGAUUUUAGUGAGGCAAACGUCCCAACGUCUCCCAUGGAAUGUUGCUCAGAACUUGGCUCCCCUAUAGCAACUCAUGAACUUGGGGCUGAAUCCCAAAAUUGGGAAGGUUCUGUCGUGCACAAACCUACAUGCCUUCUAGAAGCACGUGCCAUUAUGUAUCAAGCAGAAACAUUUCCUAUUGAGCAGUGUGUGGUGAAGCAAUGGCAAGUGAAAAACGGAGAGGAGCCGGGAGGUGACACGAUCGAAAGGAACAGUGAGGCUGAAGACCUUCACACAGGAGAUUAUCACGGAGACGCUGAUCUUUGUAGUAAGAGGCAAGUGCUUAUUAUGGACAUGUCCGAUUCCAAAAGAUCAAACCAGCAGGUGUCUUCUCCAGCUGAGCGUGCAGAACAGUACGCGCCAACCAAUGUCCUCCUCCAAGACAAGCAAGAAAUAAGUGAGAGUCUGAAAAAUGUGGAUGAACAGAAGAAUGUGCGUGGGUUCAUGAUUCAAAGUCACACUUCCUUUAUGGCAGAUGGAAGCAGCACUUUGCUGCUGGCCUCUCAAAUGGAAGUUUGUGAAGACCAGUAUGAGUUAAGAAAGGAAUCGGAUGAGGAUUCAAGGAGCCUACAAGGCAGGCCGAGCUGCCCUUCUGAAAUCGACUAUGCAGACUGUAAAAAGGUCAGAGACAGAUGGGGGACAAUCGAGGAGGUGAAAGUGACACCCUCCAACCCAGCAGGCACGUCUGACAUAAAUGAAGCUGACAGGCACCAUGAUAUGGAAACUGAGAUAGGACCAAAGGAAAAGGAUAACCGCAAAACUGUGGUGAGUCGAACAUUUGAGCAAAGUCACAACUUCAAGUCCUUGGCUGAAGUAAAGUCGGAGGAAAAGAAGGAGAGAGAUGAGGAGUUGGCAUUGUCAGUGGCAGUGAUGACCAAGAAGUUUGAAACAUCGAAAAAGAAAAAGAAAGAUCAACCUGUGAAAGAAAAGAAGGGCAGCAGAGUUUCAUUGGGAUCACAGUGCGUUACCUUUGCUGUCACAUUUCUGCUUCCCGUCCAUCCAUUUUUCCAAACCUGGAGGACUUAGGGAAAGCUGGAACCUACCCGAGCAAGCAAAGGUCACAAGGCAGGAAUACUUUCAGACAUCGGGGGUAGCAAAAUAGCACAAGGCCUGAACAAAAUGGCAGAACCCUAUCCUGCAAGCAUAUGCCGUACAGAUGGAGCCAGACCCCAGCACGAUGACCAGGAGCUGCUCUGAGCGGGUCUGAUAGCAGAUGGAUGUGUGUGUCUUACCAUCGAGUGACUGCUGCCUGUUUUAAUGACUGCAUUUGUCUGGAGUUUUUCAAGAGAACAAUCUUCAGGUUGGGCGGCACGGUGG